GUUCUGGCCUUUUUUUCCCAUCGCUCUAGUUCACCCUAUUUAUCCCCUCCCCCCCAGGGCCUCAGGACCUUUUCCGCGCGGUGCAACAACAACAGGCUCACUGCCCUUUUCCCAGCAUUUCUCAUCCUGGCAUCCUUACCUUGCCUAGGACUUUUCCCUCGUCCCUCAAUUCAAAACAAACGACAAGUCCGCCAUAUCCCGAAAUCUCGAGUCUUUUCAUCCUUGCUCUCUCUUUCUCUCUCUUUCUUUUCUCUGUCGCUUGCUCAUCAUCUGCUUCGCCACUCAUCAUCUGGCAUCCGGCAGUCUAUAUCCUCAUCUUACUAAAGCUGCUUCUGACCGUCAUUUACAUCCGCAGCCACAGCCAAAGCCAUUCUCCUGGCUGCCUGCCCCGUGUGACUCUCUUGACAUCUUCUACCGAGUCAAUUGCUCAUCCGUCCUCUCAUCUAUUGCUUCGUUUCUGCCGACGACUCUAUUUCUUCAAUCACAUUUCCUACAAUUGCCGGGUUUGGCCCGCCAAGAGUGCAUACCCAUCAAAGUGCUUCCCUUCUCUAGCGACAAGACAAAACCUCGCAAGCUUACGGGGCUUGAUCCGUGUGUCUUGCCCUCUCUAGCGACAAGAGACAAAACCUCGCAAGCUGGCUUGGGGGCUUCCAUCUUCUCCAAGCCAUCCGCCGUCUGAAUGGGAAGCUUGGACAAUUGGAGCUCCGACGAGGGCGACGGCCCCAGAGACAAAACUCCCCGGUCCCACAGGCCCAGCUUCCAGACGCCGCGGCGUAGCAUGAACCGCUCAAAGUCCAUACUAUCCAAUCUCUCGGAGAUGUCUGCGUCGGUCGCCUUUGGCGCUCCUUGGUACCCAAACGACUCGGACAGGUACGGCCACUGGUCAUCUGACCGCCGAGCGCCGAGGACGAAGACUUCCUCUCGCGACAUUGACGACGACUGGUCCGACGAGCCUUACGACGACCGAGACCGCUCUGAAGAGGCCUCGGGCUCCGACAAUGACGAGAGCAAGCAAAAGGUCAAGCGGCGACAGCCCACGAAUGUCGAUGUAGAUACUAGUGCUGGAUCCAGCUCUUCCGCAUCGACUAGGAGCCGCCCUAUCGCCAUUCCUCGGUCGAGACAAAACAGCGUUGCCUCUACCGUCACGAUACCUGAAGCCCUAUCUGCUAGGGGCGAAAGGCAAGGUGGCUACUUUCCCUUUCACGAAGAUCCCAAAACUCGUGUGCGACACACUCAUCCUUUCUACUACGAAAUGAAGAAUCAAGAUAUUGCUGCUCCUACGCUGGAGGAUGUGGACACGGGCGCGGACGCAGAUGUGGAUAUGCCCAAGCCCAAGUCUCGAUACGAGCUGUCCAGCUCCACGCAGGACGAUUCCUACGGGUUCCUUAGCGACGAUGAAGACAGCGAUCCCUUCAUCCCAGCGUCCAUGGGCAAAUAUUACCCUCAAGUCUACGAAAGACGCCAGGCCCUGAAGAAGGGAAUUACCCUGCCGGCUCUGCCCACGUCGAGCAGCAGCAAGCCCCCUGGAAGCAAAUCUACGACUUCCAAGCCUCACAAGCGGCGGCCAAGGCCUCGGACGCCCGUCAUUGUCCCCCGACCUACAGCCACCACCGAAUUCAUUCCACCUUUUCAGCUGGAGUCGGCAGAGUAGCGACAUUCAAAAGCCCACCUUGAGGCUGGUUGAAACAACCAAAGGUUAUCGUUGAAUCCGCCUGCUCCGGGUUAGGGUAUGGCAGCUACAGACAUAGAAUCUUUUGGACAAUUUUUGGAUCUUUUUUUUUUUUUUUGGAUUUCUUUGGAAUUUUUCUUUCUUUUCAUGGGAUACUUUUGGAUAGAGCCUCUAGCAUUGCGGGGAGUGUUUGGGUUUGGACAUUAAGGAUUGAAUAUGGGCAAUGACACGACUUUACCUACUUAUACACCCAGCUUACUCGGGAUUGAACCCGCUGAUGAAGUAGCUGAAUGAUGAAUAAAUACUUUUGAAUAAACUUUUUUUCC